AUGGCGAUUGAUGAAGGAAUCGAGAUUUACGAGGAAAGAGAAGAAUCCAUGGAUGUGAAUAACGAAGCAGAAGUUAAAACCGAGCUGGUGAAAGGUAGAGGAGACGAGAACGUGUUGCAGUUUCUAGAUUCGUUGGAUGGGUAUUUAACUCUUAUGGAUAAUUUGAAUUCAAAGCUUCGAGAGGGGUGGCUUGAUCUAGCUAGUGCUCGACACUCUAUGGGAACAUUACGUAUCAACAGUACUCUCUUAGACCUCAAGGAUCAUCCCGCUGCUUCGACAUUGCAAGUGACAGACCAGGAGAUUGAAUCUUUGGGAUCAGUACCUCAUUUUGCUUUAUCCAAGUGGGCAUCAAAGGGUAGCAGGAAAGGCAAAGACUUAUCUACUGAUGUUGUUUCGGAGAUGGAUUCACCUUUAAGCCCACAGCUACGAUAUCGAGGCGUUUCUGAAGAGAAACCAUCCGCCAAGAAUGAAACCUUGUUAGCAGCUGAUGAAGAGAUUGAGAAAGAACGAGCGAAAUCUCUGUCGGUAUUUGGAGGCCUAGUCUCACCUAAGCUGCGUGGCGCUCAACUAUCAUUUGAGACAGCUCUUGAAACUCUUGUGGAAAUAGCCAACACGAGAUCAUCGAUGCUAUCUGCCUUUGAGCAGAUCACAAAGAAGUGA